ACAUGUUGCUAUAUCAGCACACAGAACCUGGUGCACAUGAUAUAGAUGUCAUUGCUUUAUGCAAGGCUAUUCCUCGGCGCAUGCGCAGUAAGAAGCGACGCACAUCAAAAAACAAAAGUGAAUUGAUCACCGCGGAGUAGAACAGACACUUGCAGCUAUGAGCAGCAGUAAAGUAGCUCUGGUCACUGGUGGAAAUAAAGGCAUCGGGUUCGCAAUCGUGCGGGCCAUGUGCAAGGAAUUCGCCGGAGACGUGUACCUGACAGCUCGGGAUGACGGUCGAGGAACCGCUGCCUUGGACAGUCUGAGGAAGGAGGGACUAGCACCGCUCUUUCACCGGCUGGACAUCACCGACCCCGACAGCGUCCGCUCCGCGCGCGACUUCUUCACGGAGAAGUACGGCGGCCUCGACGUGCUCGUCAACAACGCUGGCAUCGCCUUCAAGAUGGCAGACACGACCCCCUUUGGCAUCCAAGCAGAUGUGACACUGAAGACUAAUUUCUUUGCUACUAGAGACAUGUGCAAUGUGUUCCUGCCCAUUAUCAAACCUGGAGGUCGGCUGGUGAAUGUCUCCAGUGGAAUGGGCUCGGUGGCUUUAAGCCGCUGCAGUCCUGAACUCCAGGCCCGUUUCCGAAGUGAUGACAUCACAGAGGAAGAGCUAGUAGGGUUGAUGGAGCGAUUCGUCCGUGAAGCUCAGGAAGGGGUUCACGCAGAGCGAGGUUGGCCUAACACUGCAUACGGAGUCUCCAAAACUGGCCUCACCACCCUGACUAGAAUCCUGGCCCGAAAUCUGACAAAAGAGAGGCCUGGAGAUGAGAUCCUCUGCAAUGCCUGCUGUCCAGGAUGGGUCAGGACCGACAUGGCUGGACCAAAUGCAACCAAGUCACCAGAUGAGGGCGCCAUCACUCCAGUGUACUUGGCAUUGCUGCCUGAGGGGGCUAAAGAGCCCCAUGGGCAGUUUGUUUCGGAGAAGAAAGUGCAGCCAUGGUGAGAGCUAGAAAGAGGAGCUGUGUGUGUUUGUGUUGCAAAGCUAGAUUCAAGUUCAGACACACCAGAGUGAACCAUCAAGGUUUAGACAGGUUAUUUCUAGAAAGUUUUGGGCUUAAUUCAGACUGAACCCUUGACAGAAGACUUCAGGUAUUCCAAAAAGUUACAAUGGACAUUCUUGUAAAUGUUACACAAAAAGCUUUAAAAUUUUAUCAAAGUUUUGGUGAAUUGACAAAUUGAAUAUCAGCUAACUACCAAAAAAUAUGUGGUCUUAAAGAAAUAGUUCACCAAAAAAGUGGAAAAUCAGGUUGUAGGUGUGUUUGUUUCUUCAUUGAUACAGAUUUGGAGAAAUUUAGCAUCGCAUUGCAUUGCUCACCAAUGAAUCCUCUGCAGUGAAUGGGUGCUGUAAUGAUGAGAGUCCAACAGCUUUAUGUUUGUUACAAACAUGUAGCUAUUCGAGAUUCAUCAAUAAUUGACGGACUAGAGUCAUGUGCAUUACUUGAAGAUUAUUGUGAUGUUUUAUCAACUAUUUGGACUCUCAUUCUGCCGGCACCCAUUCACUAUAGAGGAUCCAUUGUGAGCAAGUGAUGUAAUGAUACAUUUCUCCAAAUCAGUUCUGAUGAAGAAACAAACUCACUGCCUGAAGGUGAGUACAUCUUUAGCAAAGUUUCAUAAUUCAGUGAGCUAUCCUUUCAAGAUUGAGACUUGUAGUUUAGAACUCAUACUUAAAUAUUAAAAGAUGCAAAAUGCAUAAAUACGAACGUUUAAAAUAAAAUAAAUAAUUAAUUUUGCUCAGUUGAUUGUAACAGUCAUCUUGUUGGGUUGGAACCGAUAAGUGUUGUACUUAUAAAUAAUACUGUUAUAAAUGUAAUUAAUCUGGAAAAGAAAACUGAAUUACAAAAAUAAAAUUCCAUGAUAUUUCUCA